GACGGCAGAUGCGUUGGGCCUGCUGGAACGCGCGUGUUGUUUGAAAGAGUGGGUUUCGGAGGAACGACGUCGUCCGUGUGUCGCUGCUGUCGAAGCGGUUUUGCCAUAGCCGUGUGUGUUACCCUAGCAACCUGGGUUCGAGGUGUGCGCAGAGAAGGAAAAGAAAUUCUAGUGAAUCGCAACGAUCUCCUCCGGUGUUUGUAGGAUCUGGCCAAUAUUUUCAAUAGUAAAAACGGAUCCGAAUCCAACGGAGGUCGGACCGUGAUCGUGGCCUCUGACAAAAUUCCGUUAUCACGGAGCGUGAGUGUUAAAAUGUGUGCCGUGUGGUUUUUGUGCGUCGGCUGAACAGAGUGAAACAAUUUAGAUUACUUUUCGGGUUACUGGAGCAAUGAAAACAACGCGAAUCAAUGUGUAGCAAAAGGCAAAAAGUGAGUGCGCAAGAUUGAAACAAAAAGAUCACAAUCAGCAAUCUUUGUAUCGGUAGCGGGAAAGGAAAGAAAUGUGUAUGCUAAUUGGUCGAGGCACGGUUAUUUAAUUAUCUGCACCGGUGGUAAUUAAUCAGUGGAAAACACAACAAACUGCACGCAGCCGCCGCAGCCGCCACCGCCGGCUCCUCACUCGGGCAUUUUCGAUCAAGCACCGGAUGAGCAACAACCGCCAGCAGAAGAAGAAAGCAGAUACAAAGCAAAAGUGAUCCAAUCUUCAGCGGGCAGUGAGUGAGUAUUUCACCAGUGUGAGAGCGAGAAGUCUCAAAGCAAGCACGAAUUGAUGCAAAAUAGCAACAGCUAGAAUGAAAUAGCAACAGCAAAUUCAAGGCUCCGAUAGUAUCACGACGGUGUUAGCUACCGAAAAGAAGUCGUGGUUGGGGUUGUGUAAAAUUAACUCACGGAGCGGCAGUGCCUACAUUGAUAGUGUUUGCAAACCUGUGCUUUAACGUGUGAUGAUCAAGAUCGUUCGUUUUUUACCAUCAGCAUAAACAAAACAUGUUCUCAAUCUAACGAGAUACGCGUUUUGUGUGAAGCGAAACACCUGAGGCAAGGAAAAGUAGCAGGAAGAAACAAAGUGUUGUUUGUUCAAUUGAAAAGUAAAAUUGCGUGUGAUCCUGCGUAGUGAUCGAUUCAUUCAAUGCGGCAGUGUGUGAGGUAACGGUGGUUGUUGCUGUAUUUGUUGUUGUUGUUGUUAUUUUGGCAAUUCGUGUUUAAAGUGUUCCAUUACUGCUGCCGGCAGCUCUGCAAAACAACACAGGUGGGGUUGGUUCUCAAAUUUCAUCGUUUGGCGCAGUGUGAUGGUGAUUGUGUGGUGAUGAUGAUGAGGUUGUGCAACGACACUACUCUUGGGUGUGAUCGUGUUGCUUAGAGUGGCACUUGCGCGAGACAAAAUUUCCCGCAUUUUGAACGGUGUGUGUUAAUCAUGACGAUAUAAAUUCCGCCCGGCCAUUAAAACAGCUUGCGAGUUUGCAGUGCGGCAGUGUGACACGAGUUGCUGACUCAGGAACAAAAAAAGUUCAUCGAAGAUCCCGAUAUCCAGUUGAGCUUGCAAUCGAACUCCGUUGCGCAUCGACGCGGUUCGAGUUUCGCGUCGACUUUUCGAAAUGACUACGAGGAUGGCUUUAACAGGCACCAAACCAACGAUAAGUGUUGUCUGCCGAACGCUUGCAGUUUUACUGCUGCUCGGUUUGGCGAUGGCGAACAAAACGAUGGACACACGAGAAGGUGAGGAUGUGAUCUUGAAGUGUCGCUUCAACGAGCACUACUCGGACCGGGAAUACUCUUACUAUUGGGCGCAGCAGUCACCAAAUAAGUACGACAAUGUUGCGAUCAAGGGUGACACCUUCAACCCCAACUACAAGAUUGAUUACCGACCUAAUCAGGGUAUUUACGAUCUGCAAAUCUUUAAUGUAUCGUACGCGCGCGAUAACGGCCGCUUCGAGUGCCGCAUCAAGCAGAUCGGCAGUGACAAUGCGAUCUACGAGGAUUACUACAAUCUGACGGUUCUUACGCCGCCACAGCCUCCGCUAAUAUUUCCGGGCAGCGAAACGACCGCCACGGAAGACAAAAAGCAGGAACUCACCUGUAGCAGUGUGGGUGGCUCCCCGGAUCCCACCAUUUCCUGGUACCGUGAAGGAAGCACAACACCAUUGGCCGCCAAUCUGAUCUAUGGGGGAUCGCGUGACAUGCAGACGACCAGCACAUUGACCAUUAUCCCACGCCGAGAGGAUGAUGGUGCGAAGUUUACGUGCGUCGUGUGGAACCGAGCGAUGCCGGAGAGCCAGCGGCUGGAAACGGUUACGACAUUGUCGGUGCGAUACUACCCGCGGGUGGAGAUUGGUCCAGAAAAUCCGCUGAGUGUCGAGCGCGAUCAAACGGCAAAGCUGGAAUGUAACAUCGAUGCCAAACCCAAACCCGAGCAGGUGAAGUGGACACGAAACGGGCGCUUCAUUUCGUCACAUCCAACGCACACGAUCCACCGGGUGUCGCUGCAGGAUGCCGGCCGCUACACCUGUUCGGCCGAUAACGGGUUGGAUAAGAUCGGUGAGCAAGAAAUCACCCUGAACGUCCUCUACCCGCCGAUUGUGCAAAUCGAAACCAAAGCCAAGACGGCCGAAGAGAAGGAAACCGUGCAUAUUAAGUGCAACGUUACCGCCAACCCACCGCCAGUGACCAUCGAGUGGCUGAAGGAGGGUGAUAUUGAUUUCCGGCGCAAUGGCGAUACGCUGGUGCUGCGAGACGUGCGUGCGGAAGACGCCGGGACGUACAUUUGCCGGGGUAUUAAUAUGAUGAAGCCGUACGGUGGGAAGACGCUGGAGCGUGAAGGCAAUGCUUCGGUUGCGCUGCUGGUGCGUCACCGCCCCGGGCAGGCCGUAAUUACGCCGGAAAAACCGGUUGUACACGUUGGCAAUAGUGUCAGCUUGAUGUGCAAAGCUGAUCCUCCCGGCUAUCCGGAUCCGCAGUACCGUUGGUACCGGGAUGUGGGCGGCGAGGUCUCGACGACGGUGAUUGCCCAGGGAGCGCAAUACCUGAUACCGAAGGCGGCACUGUCCAGCGAGGGCAAAUAUCACUGCCACGCAAGCAACGAGCUCGGCAACGGUGGGAUGGCAAGCGCUACGCUGGAAAUUCAUCAGCCACCGCAAUUUUUGGCCAAGCUGCAGUCGAACAUGAUUAAGCGCGCUGGCGAGGCAGAUUUCUUCGUAACGUGCAGCGCUAAAGGAAAGCCGGAACCAUCGAUCACGUGGCUGAAGGACGACGUGGAGAUCACCCCGGAACUGCACCGUUAUGAGGUAAAGACGAACGUCGACAAGGGACCUAACGGUAUGGUGACCGUGCAGAGCAUGCUGAAGUUCACCGGAAAGGCACGCCCGAACGGAAACGAUCUCAUUUCCACCGACCGUGGCCAGUACACGUGUUUGUAUGAAAAUGAAGUGAACAAGGCAAACUCAACGAUGCACCUCAAGAUCGAACAUGAACCGAUAGUGCUGCACCAGUACAACAAGGUGGCGAACGAUAUCAAGGAAACGGCUGAGGUGCUGUGCAAGGUACAGUCGUACCCGAAGCCAGAAUUUUUGUGGCACUUUGGAACGACGCUGCUGAGCACGGGUGGACAUUAUGAAAUUAUUACUAACUCGGACGGUAACGACGUGUACACAAGCAUCCUGAAGAUCAGCAAUGUGCGUCACCAGGACUAUGGCGAGUAUCAUUGCCGUGUGUCGAAUUCAUUGAACCACAUCCAAGUGCCAAUUCGGCUGCAACCGAAGGGCCCACCAGAGAAACCCAACAAGCUGAAAGCGGUCGAGCUCGGUUCGAACUAUGUCGUUCUGUCGUGGAACCCCGGGUUCGACGGUGGUCUUGCAAACACGAAAUAUUUUGUCUCGUACCGCAAAAUAGUGAUCCCGAACGAAAGCUUGAUGACGGAAGAGUGUGCAGCGGUGGCCGCUAGCGGUGCUGAAUGGAUGGAGUACGACUGUCAGCGUGAGGUGCCGUGCACCAUCAGCCCGCUGGACCACCACCAGAGCUACGUUUUCAAGGUGAAAGCACUGAACACUAAGGGUGUCUCGGAGCAUUCGAACGAAAUCAGUGCGACGACGAAGGUGGAAAAGAUACCGAUUCCACUGAUGGCUAAUUUUGAUCCCGAGACGAAGAUCCUGGGCCUAAACAUUGGUGCAACUUGUCUAUCGAUGGUGGCUAUCGUUGAAUCGGUUAUGUACGGCGAUACCCCGAUGGCAGCCUGGCACAUCAUCGAGAAGGUGGACCUGCAGGUAAACGGUCACGAUCCAACGUACCGUGAGCACGAGAUAAAGCAUUUUGUCGCAAAUCGACGUAACAAUGGACGCUCGCUGGGCAACACAUUGGACGAAAUUCCCAUUCCGAUCGAAGACGAAUUGAACCCGCGAGUGCGGGUAAAGCUGUGUCUGAAAAUUAAUCACGAAUACUGUGGUGAAUAUCUGGAAGCUGACAUUGGACAAUCUCUGAUCCAGGAAGCAUCUUUUGUCGAGCUACCGACAUUGAUAGCGAUUUUGGUGUGCAGCGUUGUUGCCGCCCUGUCCGCCGUGUUGUUGGUGAUGUUCUGUCGUUGCAGGCGCAACCAAAAGAAGGAAUCGGUAAAGUCAAAGGAGUACGAUAUCGAUUCUAUCCAUCCGUCGAUUGUGGCCCAACAAAACCAAGCUCCGCCACCGUACUAUUCGGCCAGCAGCCUGGAAAAUAAGGCCCUCGAGCAUUCGAUGGAUUUGGCAAUGGAUCAAAACACGGCCCUGUAUGCAAGCCAGCAGCCAACGUACGGCUACCACCAGCAGAAUGCAAUGAUUCCGCAAGUACCGCAAAAUGAUUGGUCAAACAUGGGCUAUGUAGAGAAUUCGUACUCCAACUCCAACAACGGUGGAAGCGUCAACUCACAGGACUCUAUCUGGCAGCUGAAAAUGUCGGCUGCUGCCUCGAACUCGGCCAACAUGAUCCCGCAGCACAAUUACAUGGACCAACAGAUGCAGCAAAACUACGGCUAUGACCCAAUGACCCAUGGGGGAUACGGUGCCGUUGACGAUUACGCUCCCUACCCGCAUCUGAUGACCACAGCCAGCCAGCACGGUGGAGAUGACUACCAUCACAACAUGCGCAACAGCCAGAAUCCAUCGCGCCAGGACUACUGCAGCGAUCCGUACGCGUCCGUUCACAAGCCCAAGAAACGCAUGGAUCAGCAUAUGGACUUUGUCGCUGAAUCUCCGUACCACGAUGUGAGCGGGCUGCCGGAUCCGUACAUGGAGCAGGAGGAGGCAAAGUCUCCCGUGCAGAAUCAGCAUCUCUCGAUGAGCUACGAUGAUGCGCUGGCAAUGGAAAGCGGUUACUCGACACCAAACUCCCGCAAUCGCCGUGUCAUUCACGAGAUUGUGGUGUAAGCGAACGGCCGUCAAAGGUAGUGGCCGAUUGCCGCCAUGGUACAACGAAACAACGAGUUUGAAACUAAACGACAACGAACCGAAUGAUGGAAAAUAGCAUAAUAUACGCACUGAAUUGGACGAAUCAAAAUCAUGAGACAAUCAUCUUUGCCCGGAGCAUGCUUAAAACGGACGACAAUUGCAGAGGGAAACAACAACCAACCAGCCCUGCACACUGCUAGAAGCGCUGUCGAACCGUAGUUCAAAUUAAAUUACCUUUUCCUUCUAAAUUAUUUGUUUUAAUUGAAACAUUGAAAUUGUUGCAAAUGUUCACCUUCGACACCGGAUGGACGGCCAUGUAGUGCUGCUGAGUCAGAACUACAGGGAGCGAAAUAUGUUGAUCUCAAAAUAUAGCUCCUUGCAGAGAUGGCAACAUAUGGUGUUACAUUUGUGGAUGAUGGUGCAACUUAAAACUGUGAUUGUAUAUAUAGAUAACUAUAGUACGCGUAGAGCAAUGGUUUUAUGACAAGAAAGCGCAAAACAUGGUCGACAAGCAGCAACAGCAGCACCACAUGUAUGAGAGGACGCUGUUAUCGGUUUAAGAUAAAGUGUAUCGAAAGCAAUCGGUUGUUACGAUCGAGAUUACGUAUCGUAUCCGGGAUCGAAUAUUGUCCAAUAUUAAAGUAAGUGUUUGGAUUAAGUAAUCGCGAAACGGGCACCAUUCUUAAAUGGUUAAGCCACACGCAGCCAGGUGCCGGCGUCACUGAAUCGGGGGUCAAGAACCGAAUGUGCCAUUAGCUUGUAGUAGGUAUUCCUACCAAUAGUUCUUUUCCCGUCUGUCCGAUUGCAGCGUACCGGGCACCUGGUGCGGAUUCCAAAUUGCGGCACGAUUAGAUAGUAACGCCACAAUCUAACACUCCUCCUUCGUGAUUGUCGCCGUGCAUGAGCUGCGUAAAGGGUCUGUUCGUUAAGGAGGAGCGUUAGAGUGACUUAAUCAUCUUAUCACGGAACUAUGUCUUUUAGUGUAUCCGUUUGGCGGUGCCAUUGUUCGAUCGUUUCGUGCCAAGUCUUCCCUCUAGUUCUAGCGCAGCAUGAAGGAAGAAUGCAUUCCAUGUUUUGUUUUAAAUAAACUUACUCGUGCUUAAUAAUAAAAAAAACAACAGAACGCUGCGUACAGCUUCGUUAAAUGCGAACAAUCACCACAUACACAUAAUGAUGAUGCGUUGAAAUGUUUGUGAACAUUGUUGAGCUGGAAAGUUUUGGUUGUAGGUAGUUUAAAGUAUAAUUAAUUGAGCCGACCCGUGCGUUGUCUUGCGAUGGUCGUCCGUUUUAUGUAUUUCUUUUUUCCCUUCCGGUGUCUCUCAUUUGAUAAAGUUCCAUUUUAUUGGCUUUGUCGUGUUGAAAGCGGGUUGCUCCUCAUUCGCAUAAAGCGUCUUCAAUGCUAAGUUUGAAAUAAUACGCACGAAGAAGCAAAAACAUUAGCGCAAAACAUUGACCGUACUGCCGCUGCUCAGUGUGUACAUAAGCGAAAGAUGAACAAUAAGAAACAAAACAGCAACAAAACAACCGCGCACAGCGUUUUAAAAACAACAGCUUAAACUUAAAAGUCCCGACUUGGUUUGUAUAGGAACCGUAAGCAAAAGGUGUAGUAAUCGUGUAACCGUAAGCUGAAAUUAUGUAUUAAACAGUGCUAUUGCUUUUGUGCUGUUGCAGUGUGGUGAAACUGUAGCGAAAGUGUGUUUAUUAUUGUAAAGAACAGAAAGCAGCAGUCUGUGCUAGCAAGAAGGAAGGAAUAGUAGGGGAUUUAAUAAGCGUUCCGAGGGCGUUACGUUACUCACCCGCUUGCACACGCCUCAGCAGUGAGUGGGUUGGUGGGUGGGUAGGUAACGGUGAGAAUAAAUCACACCAGCAACUAAAAUGGCAACAAAAAGUAGUUAAACAAGUAGGAGGGAGGAAAGCAGCAGGAAAAUGGAUGAAGUUUCUUAAUUUUCGCAAACGCUUUCUUCGAAUGGACCACGCUUCUCUGGCUGGAGCGCUUUCACCGAUCAGCGCUUCUUAAUAACUGAAGCGAGACAGAAUCCUUUUGCCUGCCUCGAAACGUAGGAAGAGAAGACAACAUGGCAAAAAACAAAGCAAAAGUGUCUCGAAAGUGAGAAAGAACAAGACCGGCGAUAUAGCUCUGAUUACACAGGCGAACAAAACAAAAAAAAAAAAACAAGGAUACACAACGUCGCCGUGCGUUUAAGGAUGAAAAAAUCGCAUUCGAAGUAGUAGUGAUUGACGAUAAAUAUGCUUUUCCGCUUUUCUACACCCUUCCCGGGCGGCAACAGUUUGGCGUUUACAAGUUUGACUGCCUUGUUGAAGCGCGCUGUGCGACAUUAGUGUUAAGUGAUGAGGAAAUUUGUUUCCCCGUCGCAAAAAGCAGCAGCUGUGCAAGGAAUUGAUGCGGCGGGAAAACCCUCCGGACGGUUGAGACCCACUCAAAUCCCGACUAGUAAUGGCGAUAGGGAAUAGACAUAAAAUAGAGAGUGAAAGAGUACGCACAAACAAGCUAGCGGGGUUCUUUAUUUCUUUACAAACGCGCGUGUCCGGUCCUCUGAGCGGCCAUGGCGAGUCCCUUUGCACAUUACUCCAAUGGCAAGUAGAGCAGUCGCUAGCGUAUUUUGCAUACUUGUUCCGUCCACCGAGAGAUGUUUCUAAUUGCUGUAAAUAUUGACUGAGAAAAGUAGAAGUAUUUUACUUAUAAGCAGUAGAGCAUUAAGGCACUUUUCUAUAUAAACGCGUUAGCCCGAGAUACAAUUCGUAGCUUAGUUUUGUUAAAGGUUAGUCUAGCGGUAAGCUUCUUUCUGGCGCAAAAUAAAUAUUUUAUUUUAUCUUUUUAAAA